GGAGGGUGUAAGAAGGGUAUGAGGUUUUGUUGAGUUAUGGGGUGUGGAAAGUUAUGGGAAAGCUGUGGGGUUUGGGGGCGGUUAUGGUGUUUUGGAUGGGGAGGCUCAGUGCCCUGCCCCCUCUCUGCCCCCAUCUCUGAGCAGGAAACGCAGAAAUUAAUCAAAUUAAAAACAAAUGAGGGCAGCACUGCCCAAUGGGUGUGGAGGAAGCCGAGGGGCCUCACCCCAUAAACCUAUGGCUCCACAUCAUGUCCUGUAACCACAUCACCCCAUGUUCCCGCCCCACAGCCCCAUGAUUCCAUAUUCCACCCCAUGGCUCUGUGCCCCAAAGUCCCGCAGCCUUUCCUCCCUCCAUCCUCAUCCUUAUCACUUUGGAAGCGGUACGAGGUCAUAUCCUGCACCGUGAUCCCAUAUCAUACCCCAUAACCUCAAAUCUCGCCCCAUGUCCUGUCCCAUAGAUCCGUAUCCUGCUCCAUAGAUUUAUGUCCCACAGCUCUGGAGCCUUCCUCCUGCCAUACUCAUCCUCAUAUCUUUGGGAGUACUAGGACUACAUAUACCUUCCCACAACCCCAUAUCACACGCCAUAGGCCCAUAUCUCACCCCACUGCCCCAUAUCCUGCCCCAUAUCUCGACAUCCAAUCUCAUAUCUUCAUUUUCUGUCCCAUAGCCCUAUGAACCCAUAAAUCAACAUAUUGCCCCACAGCCCCAUUUUUGCCCCAUAUCCUGCCUCAUAGCCCCAUGACUCCACAGUCCAACACAUAGCUCUGCUAUCACCCCUUAGCUCAUCCUAUAGCCCCAGUUUGAUACCAUGUCCCUUUCCAUAACACCAGUAUGACCCCAUAGCCUGCCCUACAGCUCUGUGCCCUUUGUCCCACAGCCUUCCUCUCGCCAUGCUCGUCCUCAUCAUCUACGCGCUGACCUUCGCCGUGGGUCUUCCUGCCAACGUCUUCACCUUCCUCACCCUCCUCAUCAGAAUCCGGUGUCACCGUCCUCAUCCCCACCUCACCGCUGCCGACCUCCUCCUCCUCCACCUCACCACCGCCGACCUUCUCCUCCUCCUCUUCCUCCCCUUCAAGAUGGCCGAGGCAGCUGCCAAGAUGCUGUGGCCCUUCCCCACAGUACUCUGCCCCAUAGCAAACUUCUGCUUCUACUCCAGCAUCUACCUCAGCACUCUCUUUAUGGCUGCCCUCAGUGUGGAGCGCUACUUUGGGGUCGUGUUCCCGCACUGCUACAACCGGCGCCGGAGGUUAUGGCGGACGAUGGCCGCCAGCGCUGUCCUUUCAGUGAUGGCAUUGUCCCAUUGUUCCAUCGUUUUUGUGGCAGAAUAUCACAGAGAGUUUGGUGUCAAUGGGUCUGAGGCUGAUGGGAAAGGCGGUUUGGGGGUGAAUGGGAUCAAGACUUGGGGAUCCGGGAUGGAGAACCCCGGUCAUGUUGACCCCACUGGGCUGAAGAUGGGCAUCUCCCAUUGCUUUGGAGUCACUGGGUUUGACCAUGGGGGAUUUGGGUUGACCAAACCUGAUGGCGCUGACACCGAUGUUCCCAACACCUCCACUGCUGACAUCACCAUCCCCAGUGGCUCGAAGAUCCCCGGUGCCGACAACUACAGGAUCUCCAGCCCCAAUGCUUUCCUCAACAUCUCCAGCCGCAAAUCCUCUGCCUGCACAACCCCAAACACACCCCACAUCCCCACCACCACCCCGUGGACUUUCCAGAAUGCCUCUGAGACUCAGUGCCACCGGGGCUACCACUGCUACGAUGACUUCUCCCAAGCUCAGCUGCGCUUUGUCCUUCCGCUGCGCCUUGAGCUCUUCCUCGUCCUCUUCCUCAUCCCCUUUGCCAUCACCAUGUUCUGCUACAUCCGCCUCAUCCGUGCCCUCCUCACUCGACCCCACAUCCCACCGCAGAAGAAGUACCGCACUGUGGGGCUGGCUGUGGUCACCAUGGUCAACUUUGGGGUCUGCUUUGGACCCUACAACAUCUCGCAUGUGGUGGGCUUUGUGCAGCAGCGCAGCCCUGAGUGGAGGCCCUACGCUCUGCUCCUCACCACCCUCAGCGCUGCGCUCGACCCCUUCAUCUUCUAUUUCUCCUCCAGUGCAGUGCGGAGGGCGGUCAGUGGGAUGGUGGGAGCAAUUCGGGGCACAGUGUGUGGGUUUUGGGGUUGGUGUUGGCAGAGACAAUGAGCCCCAACCUGGAGGAGGUUAUGGGGUAAAUGAGGUUGUUGUGAUUGGAGUGGGUUUAAUGGGGUAGGAGGUCAGAAAUGGGGAUGGGUCCAGAUUCCUUGUGGUCAGCGUGGUCCCGCAGACGUGUCCAAUGUUUGUGGGUCAACCAAUUCUUGGUCAGUGUAUCGUUGUCCCAUGGGGUUGGGGUCAGCAUGGAAACAUGGUAGAGAUCAGUGGGGUCAAUGAGAUCCCAUCAAUGUGACCAGUGUGGUCAAUGCAGAAUCGUGAGUGUGACUUAAUGUUGUCCCCGAUGUCCAGUGGGGUUGGGAUCAAUGUGGACCAAAGUAUCAGUGUGGACCCAGCGUUGCUUCAUCCCCACUGUCCCCAAUUCCUUCCGUGUCCCCCAUGUCUGCAGUGCUCUCAAUAUCCAGCAAUGUCUGCAGUUCCUCCAAUGUCCCCAGUGCCCUCACUGCCCUCAGUGCCCCCAGUGCCCCCAGUACUCCCAGUGUCCUGACAGCUGGCAAUAACUUCAGGGCCAUCAGCACUUCAUGAAGAUCCCUCAGCACACGGCCCCUCUCUCCAGGGAAGGAGGCUGUUCCCAGAUCAGAGGACAUCUGCAGCCUCAAAGCAGAGUCUCAGCAGCCCACCGCCAUCAGGAUGUGCCCUGUACCCUGUAGGGCUGAUCAUAGGUGCAAUAACAAGGCAAAAGUACUAAUUAAAACCUAUUCAGCAGCCAUGUAUUUGUCUGAGAGUUCCUGGUCUCGUGGCAGUGACAGCCUGGCACAGCAGUUGGCGCAGCAGUUGGUGUGGGCCGGGCGAGCAGGAGGGCAGAGCAUCGCUCCCCACUGCGGAGAUCUGCUCACCCAUCAGCUGCCUCCCAAACAACACAUCUGGAUGCGGUCUCUACGAGGCUGAAAGCUCUUCCCAAAAUCAAUGCAGGUCCCAGUGUGAGUGUCCACCCCAAAACCUGGCCAUGCAGGUCUGCAGCAGCUGGAAGUGCCUGAGCCUGCACCCAGGUCAUUGCCUAGGGCAAGGUGGUUAGCUCCACGCCUCCAGACCCCCUUCAGAUAAAUUGAGAGAAGGGUGGCUGUCGUAGGGGACUCCUUCUGAGGGGAACAGAGGCUCUGACACAUCAGCCAGACUCUACCCGUAGGGAAGUGUGCUGCCCUCCUGGGGCCCUGCUCAGGGACAUCACCAGGACACUCCCUGCUCCGGUUCACCCCUCUGGCUGUUCUCCCUUACUGAUGGGUCAGGCCGGCAGUGAUGCAGUCACUGAGAGAAGCCUGAGGGCCAUGCAAAGGGUGUUCAGGGCACUGGGGUGGUCAGUGGGCAGAGUGGGAGUACAGGUGGAGUUCUCCUCUGUCCCCUCAGUGGCAGCGAGGGAUACUGAGAGGGUUGGGAGAACUAAUCUGAUAAAUGCGUGGUUGAGAGGUCGGUGCCACGGCAGGAAUUCUGUUUUUUCUGACCACGGGGCGGUGUACUCUGUGCUGGGCUGAUGGCUGCAGGUGGAUCCCAGCUGUGUGAAAGGGGGAAGUGGAUCUCAGACCAGGAGCUGGCAGGGCGCACUGAGAGGGCUUUAAACUGGCAGCCUUUUGGGGACAGCGUGAGACAUGGAGGGGUGACAGUCUGUGGGGCGCUCCAACUGGGGAUGUGUGCAGUGCUCUGUGCGUGUCACCACUGGGUGCCCUCAGUACCACCACCCACUUGGGGACCACAAAUACCACAUGACGAGACGACAUCACAGCAUGCUGUCCACAAGAGGAACAG